AAAAAUGUUCCAAAAAAAUAGUCCAAUAGUCCAAGACUCUUGGACUCUUGGACUAUUGGACUAUGGUCCAAUGGUCUAGUCCAUAUUUUACCCUAUAUCGAUAAGGGACAAUUAAUCGAUAUCGACUGAUAGCUAUUGAUUAAUUAAUAUCGAUUGGUAUUAGCAACUCGAUAUGACAGUUACAAGAACCACAUCCAUUGCUACCAGAUGUACAACGUAAGUGCAACAACAACGCUACUAAAUAAAAAUAUAAUGCUAUCCACACCCAAAGGAUCCAGCAAAGAUGAAAACAUGAGUAAACUGAGAGUUUAAAACCCUUUUCAAACUCUUCUCUUCUACAGAAAUCACGAGACGUCUAAGAAAUCACAUGAUAAGAUGAUAAGAAUCCAUGUGACUUAUGACGAAAUCAAGCGGAUUAUUUCCUUUCAGAAGGGAGGAGAAGUUUAUAAAUUGCGCCCUCAUUUCAUCCUGGCCUUCUCUGAUGUGUUAUCGGGUGAUAUUACUCCUGAGCAUGUCACUUUUCAAGAGUUCCAUGAGGACUUUAAAGACUUUGUGGAACUUCGUUCAGAUGCAACGCUCGACAAUGACAUCAAAAUCCGAGCCAUAACAUUAAAAACGCUGAAAAAGGUACUUUCUGUCUACAAAUGUAUUGUGCAAAAAAAGCAUGUCACAAUAACAAUGAUUAAAUAAACAAACAAGCAAAUUAUGUGACUAUAUCAAAACAGGCAUGAACGGCAAAAAAACUAUCCAUGUCCGAUGAAACCGUCAAUUUACUCAUGAAUGAGUGCUAAUCUGUUAUUAUUUAUCUGUAUUUAACACAUUUAACUCAUUCACUAAAUAACUAAAAUACCUGUACUUCAGGAUUAAUUCAAGAUUAGUGAAGUACUUUCGAUCUACGUUAGGUCCGGCCAAAACGAGAAAAUAUUUGAUUCUUCAUGACCUCAGCCAAAUAUUUACACGUAUGUCUCUCCUAUCAAGUCAACAAGUAUAUAUUAUUUUACCGACGAUAAACAGUACAUGUACUAAAAGUAAGACGGAAAAUAAUCAACAUCAUAAAGAAAACGAUGGGACGUACAUCACAUUGCUUAAAGCUAACGUCAGCAAACAACAACUAACUUUUGAGGCCCUUUUCUUUCCGGUGAAAAAAAGGAACCGUGAUUUAAAUCAAAGCGCAGGAUUUAGAUGUAAAUUUAUGAGGAACUAAUCGACUGCUGUUCAAUAGUUAUAGGUCCUUGCUUAAUAACACCUCUUUAACAUUUCUAGGCUGAGUGUUGGGGCUGAUAUCUAUUCUUGUGUGACUCACUGUCCCUAGGUGUCUGUAUCAGAUUAUCAGUAUCCCAUAUCAUCAACAUUACCCCCUGAGGUAAAGCCUCAUCCCAUCAAGCAGUACGUACGUUACCGCUUCUGGAAUCUAGUCUGUAACGGUUUGAUUCGUUUGGAUGUAUCGACUGGAACACCACGGGUAAAAGGAAAUGGUAGUUUUGGAAACAACCCAGACGGUAAGUAGUUGUAAAAUUUUUGCUCUCAAGCGGUAGAAGUACUGCUCUUCAAAGGACGGAUAAAUCUAUCCAACGGAUAAUUCGCUGUACUUUGGAUAGGUUUUAACGUUAUCCACCCUUUAAACAGCUAGUGCCGGGUGUUACGAAUAGCAAGUAUGUAUCCCUUUUUGUCUGAAUUCUCAGUAGAUAAAAAUGCCCGUAUUCUUUUCAAAAUAUUUGGCUGGUACUAGAACCUGUUGCAAAAGAGUUUGUCGACUCAAUGGAGCAACCACUAAUUGAAUGUCACGUUCCUUUCCAGCGAUUGUGCAAGCUGAAGCAAUUGGUUUUGACUUAUUUCAUAUAUAUUUCAAAUAUGGUGAAUUGAAAAUGUACAUUACAUCACAGGGUGAAGGAGAGACAAUCACUGCAGAGGUAAGUAACUUUCCUCCUCAAACUAAAUUUAAAUGAAAUCUGAUUAUCCAUUCAGAAAAAAGCUUUAAUCCCUUAACUGCUAACUCCACUGAGAGGGGUCCUAUGCCGGUAACCGGUCAAGUCGCUCGAAAGUCAUCUCGCCCACAGUCAUGUCGCCCGGAACGAACUUUUGUAAAAAUUAAGCCCGGUAGAAUCAAGAAUUAGACGGGCUCGAGUUCAUGAGUGUCCAAAGAUAUACCUGACUUUCGCCAACUGAACUUCGUAUUCGUCAAGGUACAUUGCUAAAGAAUCGGUCUCAUUAUUUAUCACUUAGAGAAGGGGUGGGGUUGGGGGGAGAUUUCUUGAAGGGGGGAUCACACAAAACUCCUCUAUACCCCCCAGAUGAUAAAUUAUGACAGGUCACCGUUCCCCAAGUAGUCUUUUUUCCACAUGUUCUGUCGGAUCUCAUUAAGAGCAUUUUAGAGAGCGAGGAGUUCUGACCAAGAGAUUUUUUUUUCAUAAUCUCUUCUUCUGACAUACCCUAAAUGGUUGGUUGAUAUUUUCUACUGAUGCAAAUAGUUUAAUAUUCUAAUGAACGUUGUUUUCAGCCGCGUCCAACAAAAUAUUCAGAGUUUACGCCUGAGUAUUACUGGAGCUACACACUUUUUAAGAGCAUGGCACCGGAGAACGAAAAUUUGUACCUCGGCUGUGAGAAAAACCAAAAUGUGACCCUGGUGCGCAUGUCCAGUGUUCAUUACCCAGUUCCACAAGCUCUGUUCAUUGUCACCCAAGAUGAUAUUGAGAAUAAGCCAUGAGCGAUUACGUUUUUAUUUCUUUAACCAAGUUAUAACAAGUCUUUUGUAAGCGAAAAAUGUAUCAAAUCUUAGUGACAAUUGUACUUGUAAUUAAGUUCAGCAAGAUGCACCCUAGUGGUUUUCAAAAGGAGGCAGUGAAACCGCAGUAAGUUUCCCGAAGUCCUAUUUCUACAUUUAAUCAUUUGCAU